AUGGAAGAAUCUAUAAAUAUGGAUAAACAAAUAAUAAAAGAAGAUAUACAUCAAAUUGACAAGAAUUCAAAGAAAAAAGAGUAUUAUGAAUUAGGGAAAAAAGAGUAUUAUGAAUUAGGAGAAAAAGUGUUGGAUUCGGAUGAUAUUAAAUUUAUUAAACCUAAGCUCUUGGAUCGAGAUAUAGCCGUACCAGAAAGUAACAUUGUUAAAAUUAUAGAACUUUUACAAUUCAAUGAAAGUCCUGAAGAAUAUGCAUUAAUGUGUGAUAAGGAUUCUGUGUACUUUUAA